AUGGGGAGAAAGGCGCCUCCUUUAUCUCCGGCCGGACGGAAGCGCAAAGGUCCAUCGCUCCCCUUUCUCUCCCCCUGCAAACGCCGGUCUACCCCCACUCCGGCGCAGACAGCUACCGGCUGGGCGUCCCUCCCGGACGACAUAGCCCGCCAGGUCGCCGCGCUGGUGCUGAAAUUCGGCGUCGUGGACUACAUUGCCUUCCGCGCCGUCUGCUCCGGAUGGCGCACCUGCGCGCCCACUCCGCGCGACCCCACCCUCCGGAUCCGGUCUCUCCGCCCGGUCGGCUGGGUCACGCUCUGUGACGGCGACGCCGUCCGCCCCGACGACGCCUGCCAGAUAACCUUCUUCCACAGUCAAACGGCGAGGUGCCUCCGCGUCCGCCUGCCCGAGCUCCAGCGCCACAGGAUCAUUGGCUUCACCGAUGGUCUUGUCAUCCUGCUGCACAAGCGAACCACCGCGGUCCGCGUGCUCAACCCCUUCACAGGCGCCGCGGUUGACUUCCCGUCCCUCGUCCCCGUGUACCAGGAGCUGAUCAAGAACCGCAACUGUGUCCUUCACAUGAACGCUGCGGUUUGUAGUAGUGUAUCAUCCACCACCUCCAUUGCCGUCGUGGCCUGGUUCCCUUGGUCAUCUGUGGUGCUCAGUGCCGAUGCAGGCCACCCGAGCUGGGAGGUCAUCCAAACAAACAUGUAUCUGUCCAACACCUUGCCCUUCCAAGGUCAGCUCUACGGCUUCCUGCAGUCUUCAAGGCAGAUUGUGCAAGUCUACCCUCCCAAGCCACCCACCGGUCCUGUUGUUGCUCAUGUUCCACAAAAGUUUGGUAACCCGCUUUUCUGCAAGUACUAUCUCGUGGAGUCCGAUGGAGACAUGCUACUCGUUGUCAAGUCGCCCAAGUUUGUACACCCCGAUGUAGAGGAGUGGCGACGUUACAUCAUUGCCAUCUUCAAGGUGAAUAUAAGCAUCGUCGGCCACCGGGAACUGAUUCCCGUAACAAGUCUCGGCGACCGGGCAUUGUUCGUCUCCUUGGACAGGUGCUUGUCCGUGUCGUCCAAGAACCUUCCGUCCAUCAGCAGCAACUCGAUUUACCUCACGGUAUCACUCCCGGAUCCGGUCGUCGUGCAUUGUUUGAGCAGCCGAUCGUUCGAGCGGCCAACGGCGUUGUGUCAGGUACAUGACGGAAAGGAGAUGAUCUGCACAUCCGUGCGGCCCUUCACUCUUGCUGAUCAUCUUCUCACCUACUGCAAUCAUCAUGAAUGGUCAAAUGGACUGAUGUUUCAUGAGUACUACUCCAUACCUGAGUCUUUUCAAGGGCUGUGGAAGAAAAUAAGAACCCAGGAUUCCCAACUGAGGAUUUCACGCAUGAGAGAUUGA